AUGUCUACUAAUAUUUUUUGGCAUUCUCAAUUAACCAGGAACGAUCGUGAAAAAUUGCGGUAUCAAAGAGGAUGCACCGUUUGGUUAACUGGACUAAGCGCAUCUGGUAAAAGUACAAUCGCUUGUGCAUUAGAAGAAAUAUUGUUACGCGAUGGCUUAGCCGCCUAUAGAUUGGACGGUGACAACAUCCGUCUUGGCCUCAAUAAGGACCUCGGAUUUUCCCGUGAAGACCGUCGUGAAAAUAUACGUAGAAUUGCGGAAGUGUCUAAACUGUUUGCUGAUUCAUGUGCAGUAUCAAUUGCUUCCGCCAUAUCUCCAUUCAAGAUUGACAGAUACGAAGCCAGAAAAAUUCAUGAAGUUGCAGAACUACCAUUUAUCGAAGUCUUUGUAGAUGUGCCAAUUAAAAUUGCAGAACAAAGAGAUCCCAAAGGUUUGUAUAAAAAGGCAAGAGAUGGCAUCAUACCAGAUUUCACUGGUAUAUCGAGUCCCUAUGAACGUCCAGACUCACCAGAGAUUCACCUAAGAACCGAGAAGCAAUCCGUAGAGCAAUGCGCCAAGUUAAUAUAUACAUAUUUACGGCAAAAUAACCUGCUGUAA